AUGUCCAAGGAAAUAAGCGUCAUUUCUCAUGGCUCGCCAACCCCUACAGGGGAGAAGACCAUCGAGGGUCAACUCAUAGAGCCAAGCCGGCCAUCCCUCGACAAAAUCAGGGCAUUCACCAAGGCCGAAGCCCGCGCCGCCAACAUCGCCGAGCAUGAACAGACAUUCCGCCAUGCCUUGUCCACCAAUAAAAAGGCCGUCUUCUGGUCGCUCGUGAUCUCCAUGGCCAUCGUCAUGGAAGGCUACGACACCGCCUUGAUGCCGCAGUUCUACGGCUACCCGUCCUUCCAGAAGCGCUACGGCGAGUUCUUCCCUGAUAUCGGCGAGUGGAGCCUCACUGGCGCGUGGCAGGCAGGGCUGAGCAAUGCCCAGGCCGUGGGCGUGAUACUCGGUGGGUUCAUCAAUGGUUGGGCGAGCUCGAUGUUCGGCUACAAGAGGAUGAUGCUGGUCGCGCUGUUCUGGAUUAACUCCACCAUCUUCAUUGUCUUCUUCGCUCCCAACAUACAGAUCCUGCUCAUCGGCCAAUUCCUCUGCGGCCUGGGCUGGGGCGUCUUUGCGACUACAGGACCAGCGUACGCGUCUGAGGUCUGUCCCCUGGCGUUGCGUGGGUAUCUGACUGUAUAUAACAAUCUAUGCUGGGCCAUGGGACAAUUAAUCGCAAACGGCGUCCUAAAAGCCCUAGUCAACAACUCCUCGCAAUGGAGUUACCGGAUCCCCUUCGCCGUGCAAUGGGCGUGGCCACUGCCGCUCUUCAUUUUGGUAUCCUUCUCGCCAGAGAGCCCCUGGUGGCUGGCGAAGAAGGAGCGGUACGGAGACGCCGCCAUCAGCCUGCACCGACUGUCGAAUCGUCCCGAGAGUGAGAUCCAGAAUAGUCUGGCGCAGAUCGUGUAUACCAUCAGGCUAGAAAAGGCAAGGAUUGCCCGGUCCAGGGAAAAGGCCGCUGCUGCUCGCCCUGCCUCUGCACGGAACAACACAUCACAGACACACCAUCCGAACUCCUGGCUCGCACGGUAUUCACGGCAUCGUGUUUGUUCGCCCUUUCUUCACUCGUCCUUCCCUUUCGAGCUGCAAUCGGGAACCACGUAUAGAGACUGCUUCCGUGGGCUUGAUCGGCGCCGCACCGAAAUUUGCUGCGUUGCCUUCGCGGGCCAGAUGCUUUCUGGUGCGCAGUUCGCAUACGGUCCAUCGUACUUUUACCUACAAGCUGGCAUGUCCGUCGAUGACGCCUACAAAUUGGCCGUCGUCAGUCCGGCUCUAGCCUUUAUCGGUACUGUGUCUUCAUGGCUACUCAUCACUUACUAUGGCCGACGCUCGAUCUAUCUGUCCGGAAUUGCAGGAACCACAGCAGUGCUGUGUCUUGUCGGGAUCAUUUCCGUACUUCCAGAGAAUGCGGCGAGCCUAUGGGCGCAAGCUGCGCUGUGCCUUGUGUGGCAGCUCAUUUACAGCUUGACACUGGGGCCGAUCACUUACUCCAUCAUUGCGGAGACAAGUGCCAUGCAUCUGCGUGCCAAGACGGUUGUGCUGGCGAGAAAUACGUAUAAUGUUGUGACAGUGGCAUCGCUGGUCAUCGAGCCAUACUUGAUCAACCCAACAGAGCUGGACUUGAAGGGCAAGACAGCGUUUUUCUGGGCCGCUACAGCAGCGUUGACUACGGUAUGGGCUUAUUUCAGGCUCCCAGAGGUCAAGGACCGCACGUACGAAGAAUUGGAUGUGCUCUUCGCGAGAAAGUUGUCGGCCAGGAAGUUCAAGUCCGCGGAGGUACACGUGUACGAGGAUUCAGAGUACCAGAUAUUCUUGGAUUAA